AUGGUAAGACAUUUCGGGACUCUAACGCGGCAGGUGAGAAGCCUCUCGACUGCCUUUCUUGGUCCCCUCCCGUUACUGCCGUCCCGCUUUCCUCCUCGUCCUUCAACAGGUCACCAGGCCAAUCUGUGCACAACCGGGUCCUCGUCCUUCAACAGGUCGCCAGGCCAAUCCGUGCACAACCGGGGUAAGACAGCCGGGUCAGGCGGAGCAAGCCGAGGGGUUGCUGCUGCUGCUGGUGCUGGCGCUUCUGAAACAUGGUUGCCCGAGAGUGCAUUCCCCAGUGGUGCCCCCACCGCUUCCCCCUCAAGUGCUGGAGCUCCCAUGGGUGCUGCUACUGCUGAUGGCAAUGGGUGCUCUGGUGUUGGGAGCGGUGGUAUUGGCAGCGCUGCAGGGGUGGGGUUAGGAGGUACGAGAGGCGGAGGGGGGGACGUAGCAGUGGAAUGGGGGGGGAGAGGCGAGGAGACAGGCAGGGGGUUGAGCUUGAGAGAGGAAGAUUCGGCGCCGCUGCUGCCCAAGCGGCUGCACUUUGAACAGCUGUCAGCCCCAUCCCCAGUCCCGGCUGCUACGGAGUUGGAGAAGCCGUUGAGGAGGAGGAGGUGCAGGGCGUGCAUGGCAGCGUGGGAUAUGCUAGUGCUGACGGUGGUCAUUCUUCUCAUCACGUUCAUUAUUGUUGGCGGCAUCCUCACCACCUUCCCCGUCAUCUGUCCCCUCCACCCUCCCUUCUCCCACCGCUACCCCCCUCCGCCUCGUCUCCUCCCCGUGCCGCUCCCCUUCCUCCUGCACGCCCUCAUCACGCUCCUCCUCUCCCUCCAAACCGUCUUCAACUUCCUCUGCUCCGCUCUCCUCCCCGCCGGCCCAGUCACCCGUGUUGCUUUCGGCUCUGCAGACAUGCCAACUGUAUCAGCAGGCUCGUUUGACGGCUGGCAGUUGUGCCGCCGCUGCGACCCGCCCCGAGCCAAGCCCCCGGCGCCCACCACUGCAGCAGCUGUGGCACGUGUGUUAUGGACAUGGACCAUCACUGCCCCUUCAUCGGCAACUGUGUGGGUCGGGCCAAUCAGAGGCAUUUCCUGCUCUUCCUCCUCUCCACCAUCAUCAGUUGCACCUAUGUCGCCCUCAUGA